CUAAAACUCUGUUUCAGAGUAACAAAUUUAACCAAAAUGGAAUUUUCUAAACUGCUUUUGUCUCUAAUAAUUCUUCAAUCCCUGUUCUCUUCCAGAGCUUCCUCAAGUGAUCACAUGUACAAUGUGGGAGAUGAGGUGCCCUUCUUUGUCAAUAAAGUUGGCCCCUUGAACAAUCCCAGUGAAACCUACCAAUACUAUGAAAUACCAUUCUGCCUCCCAGAUAAGGUGCUACCAAAGAAGGAAUCUCUUGGUGAAGUUCUGAAUGGUGACCGUUUGACCAAUUCUUUGUAUAUGCUGAAAUUUAAGUUGGACAAUACUGAUGCCGCUCUGUGCCAAAAGAAGAUUAAUCAGAAUGACAUUGCAAAAUUUAGGAAUGCUAUUGCAAUGGACUAUUAUUUUCAAAUGUAUUAUGAUGAUCUUCCCUUAUGGGGAUUCAUUGGCAAAGUUGAAGACAAUAGCUGGUCUAUGGAUGGAAAGGCCCCCACCUACUUCCUCUUUAAGCAUAUUCAGUUUAAUGCUCUUCAUAAUAACAACCAAAUUAUAGAGAUUCAUGCUUUUUCUGACCCAAAUAGUGCAGUGGAUAUAACUGAUGAUGUUGACCUAGACAUAACAUUCACUUACUCGGUGUUCUGGAAUGAAACCUCCACUCCGUUCAAAAGCAGAAUGAAUAGGUACUUGAGGGCCUCACUACUCCCAGUUCACCAAAAAAUCCAUUGGUUCUCAUGUGUUAAUUCGGUUGUCAUUAUUGUGCUCCUCUUUGGAUUGCUUGCUUUCCUUUUCAUGCAGAACCUCAGGAAUGAUUUGAGAAGAAAUACAGGUGGAGAUGAAGAGGAAAAUAAGGAGAUUGGUUGGAAAUGUAUUCAAAAUGACGUCUUCAGAUGUCCUCUGAGCAUGCCAUUGUUUUGUGCUGCUUUGGGCACUGGUGCUCAGUUAUUAACUCUGGUUUUAGUAUUAUUUGCUUUGGCAUUCACUGGAAUCCUCUAUCCCCAGAGUCGUGGAGCUCUUUCUACUUCUAUUAUCACAGUUUAUACUCUUACAUCUGCAGUUGCUGGCUAUACCUCUGCUUCUUUCUAUAGUCAAUUCGCUAAAACUGGAUGGGAAAGGAGUGUUUUUCUUGCUGGAACGCUUUUCCUUGGUCCAUUCAUAUUCAUAGCCUUUACCCUUAAUCUGGUGGCUGCAUAUUUUGGAACCACUGCAGCCCUUCCAUUUGGCACUAUUUUUGUUCUAGUUAUUGCGCAUAUGGUUAUCGGGAUUCCCUUACUUGCACUUGGUGGGUUGCGUGGCUGCAAUUUUAGGCCUGAAUUUCAAGAAUCUCAUACCAAUAGGAAAUUCUCCAGAGAAGUCCCUCCAUCAACUUGGUACUGCAGAAUCCCUGGUCAAAUGUUUAUUGCGGGUCUUUUACCUUUCAGUGCCAUAGUUAUGGAGUUACAUCAAUUGUAUGCAAGCAUCUGGGGAUACAAAAUCUUUACUCUUCCGGGCAUCUUGUUUAUCACAUUCAUGAUUCUUGUUCUAGUCACUGCUGUCUUAAGUAUCUUGUUGACAUACUUUCAACUGACUGUGGAAGAUCCUGACUGGUGGUGGCGGUCUUUCUUACGUGGGGGCAGCGUGGGGAUAUUCAUGUUUCUGUACAGUUUCUACUUUUAUUCCAAAUCAAGUAUGAGUGGUUUCAUGCAAACAGUGUUCUAUUUUGGCUAUAGUGCUUCUAUGUGCUAUGCAUUUUUCCUCAUGCUCGGCACAGUCAGCUUUUAUACUUCCUUGACAUUUGUCCGCCGCAUCUACCAUGCUGUCAAGAGUGAAUGAGCUUGCUGUUAUGUCUGGCUUUCGGCUACCUAUUUUGCUAUCUUUCUCCUUCAAAAGCAUACACAGCACAAAGGCAAUCAUUGUUGCGCCAGUGGUAGUCUCCUCCGAUGAGGGGUUGCUCAGCAGGAGGACAAUUGGUCGGAACCUGAAAUCAAGUUGGAAAGACUAAUUUCAAUUUAAACUGUCUUUUUAGUAUAGCAGGAUCCGCUAGAAAUGAUGUUAAACUUGGAUUCCCCUGCCUGCUUUUGUUCUUUACCCCAGGAAAAGGAGGGGAAAUGCAGAGCAAAGAGCCUAUGCUUGUAGCUUACAAAUGUUGUUGGUUAAACUUAUUGACACCCAGGAGCAGAGGCCACUGCCAAACAUUGUCCUGUUA